UCAGUGUUGGUGUGUUGUGGUGAAAAGUUGAGUCAAGGAAGAAGCCACGAUGUCUUUGACCCUCACCAUCAACGGAAAGCAGUAUGAAGUCGGGGACGCCUCGCCCACCACACGGCUGGCCUCGUUCCUGCGUGACCAGGGGCUGCUGGGCACUCGCACCACCUGCUACUCUGGGGUGUGCGGCGCCUGCACCGUGGUGGCCACCGUCACGGACCCCAACACCGGGGCCUCCAGGACCAUGACCAUCAACGCCUGCCUUGUGCCGGUGCUGGCGUGCGUGGGCUGGGAGCUGACCACCAUCGAGGGGCUGGGCAACAAGUAUGACGGCUACCACGCCAUUGAGAAGCGCCUCACCGAGUACUCGGGGACGCAGUGUGGCUGGUGCACCCCCGGCAUGGUCAUGAACAUGUAUGGGCUGUCCCAGAGCAAGGCCCAGUGGACGUCCGAGGAGGUGGAGCACCAGCUGGACGGGACGAUGUGUCGCUGCACUGGCUACCGCCCCAUCCUGGAGGCCUUCAAGUCCAUCACGCCGACGGAUAUUGAGGAUGCCCACAAGACAAGGUGCUCCUCUGCUGGCAAGGAAUGCUGCAGGAAGAAGCAACAGGAGAGGAAGGCAGCCAAGAAGCAACAGCGUGUUCCCCGCUCCCUGCAGCUCAAGGCGUCCACCUGGCACCAACCUACCACACUGCAGGAGCUGCUUGACAUCCUGGGUGGCCUUCCUGACGGGACAAGCUACACGCUGGUCUGUGGCAACACUGCCCAGGCCCUGUACGGUGGGUCAUACACUGAGUACAUCUACACGGGCGACAUCCCAGAGAUGAGUGUUGUGCAGCCGUCUACCGAGGCUCUUGUGUUUGGUGCCAAUGUCUCCAUCACUCGCCUCAUGGAACAGUUCGCCAGUGCCAGUGCCUCCCUGGCAGGGUUCAGCUAUGUCAGCCAGCUGGCAGAGACCUGGAAGUACCUUGCCAACACCUCCGUCAGGAAUCUGGGCAGCUGGGCAGGAAACCUUGCCACCAAAGUGAAUCACCCUGAUUUCCCAUCUGACCUCUUUGUGGGUUUGCUGGCCGCCGGUGCCAUCGUCACAACAGUGAGCACCGACGGCAGCAGCAGCCAGCACACCCUGGAGCAGCUGCUGGCGCUGGACCUGGUGGGCAGCCGUCAGGUCAUCCUGGAGCUGCGUCUGCCGCCGCUGGGUGAUGAUGUUAUCUUCAGGACCAUCAAGGUGCGGCCAAGGACCACCACCGCCCUGGCUGACGUCACUGCCGGCUUCAAGCUGAGAGUAGACACAGCUGCUGCUCACACCGUGCUGGACACGCCCGUCAUUGUUUACGGCGGCAUCAGUCCAACCUUUGUUCGGGCCACAGCCACGGAGGCGGCCCUGGCAGGGAAGAGCCUGGAGGACGAGGCUGUGCUGCAGGAGGCCCUGGCAGCGUUGGCCUCCGAGGUUGUGCCUGACAGCCAGCCGGCUGGGACCACACCAGAGUACAAGGUGUCCCUCACCCAGACACUGCUGUACAGGACGGUGCUGGGCAUCCUCGGUGACACGGCCAGCAGUGCAGUGCUGAGUGGCGGCAGCGACCUGCAGCGCCCCGUGUCCAGUGCACAGCAGAUCUUCCCACCGAACGCAGACACAUGGCCCGUGGGAGAACCCGUGCCCAAGAUUGAGGCACCCAUCCAGUGCAGUGGCGAGGCAGAGUACACCCAACAGUUCCCUGCCCUGCCCGGAGAGCUCUAUGGCCUCUUUGUCACCUCCACACAGGCCAACGCACACAUUGCCUCCAUCGAUGCCUCGGCUGCCCUGGCCAUCUCAGGGGUUGUGGCCUUCGUGAGUGCUGCCGACAUUCCCGGCGUCAACAACCUCCUGUCCUUUGCUGCUUUCUCUGGGCCUGAUACCACUCAACCUGUGUUUGCCAGUGACCGCGUCGGCUACUAUGGCCAGCCGCUGGGCCUGAUUGUGGCUACCGGCCGAAGUGCAGCAUAUGCUGGCAGGGCGGCCGUUCAAGUCACCUACGAUGACAUCCAGCCCCCCGUCCUGACCGUCCAAGAGGCGCUCGCCCAGCCUCUCCCACCCAACCAGUACUCUCCAGUUGUUGUGGGUGACGUGGCAGCUGGGUUUGCUGCCUCCACCCACAUCAUUGAGGGAGCCAUGGAGAGGGGCGGACAGUUCCACUUCCACAUGGAGACUCAGGUGACGGUGGUGAACCCGACCGACAUCGGCUUUGAUGUGCACAGCUCCAGCCAGUGGUUGUCGGAGACCCAGCAAGCCAUCGCCCAGGUGCUGGGCAUCCCAGACAACAAGGUGAAUGUGUCCUGCAAGCGCCUGGGUGGAGCCUUUGGGGCCAAGAUUGACCAGUGUAACAUUGUGUCUACGGCCGCCGCUGUGGCCGCCUACAAGACACGCCAGCCGGUGCGCCUCCAGCUGAGCCUGAGUGACAACAUGACCAUCAUUGGCGGCAGGGAACCUUACUUCUGCACAUACAAGGUCGGGGUUGAUGAUGCUGGGGUGCUGCAGGCCAUCCAGGCGACCCUGACCGCAGACUCUGGCUACCUGGGUGUGGAUGUGAGCAGUCCUGGGGCGGUGGUCACCCUGCCCUCCUGCUAUGCCUGCCCCAACUGGGAGCUCACGCCCCAGUAUGUCCUCACCAACACCCCGAUCACCACCUGGUGCCGCACCCCUGGCACAGUGGAGGGCAUCACCUUUAUGGAGAACAUGAUGGACCACGUGGCGGCACAGCUGGGCCUCGACCCGCUGGAGGUGCGGCAGAAAAAUCUCAUGCCCGAUGGCAGCACAAGGCACAUCAACAAGCAGGUCAUCCAAAUCCGCUCCCGCAUGGCUAUCAAAGACCUGGAGGAUGUGCCAGAAAAGGUGACCGUUCCCAGGAACCUCAUCUCAGACAUGAUCACCCAGUUACUGACCACUGCGGAGGUGGAGCAGCGCAGUGCAGAGGUGGCUCAGUUCAACCAGGACAACUUGUGGAAGAAGCGCGGCCUGCAUGUGACGCCAAUGCUGUGGCCGUACAUGGUGAGCCCAGUGUACCCCUUCAGUGUGCUAGUCACCCUCAGCGCUCGGGACGGCUCCGUAACCAUCACUCACGGCGGGGCGGAGAUGGGCCAGGGACUCAACACCAAGGUGGCGCAGGUGGCGGCCUACGAGCUUGGCAUCCCUCUGAACACCAUCAACUUCCUGCCGUCCAACACGCACAGCAACGCCAACAGUUCUGUCACUGGCGGCUCCCUCGGCUCAGACAUCUGCUCUUACUGCGUCGGGGAGGCGUGCAAGAUGAUCAAGGCUCGUCUGGACGCCUACCAGAUAGAGGCCGGCCUGGUGGACCCCACGUGGCAGAAGCUGGUCUCUGACGCUUACUUCAGUGGCGUUGACAUCUCCGAGCGAUAUGUGAAUGGCAGCGGUGAGGUGGAGAGCUACGCGGUGUUUGGCGUGGCCUGCUCUGAGGUGGAGCUGGACGUCCUCACGGGGCAGUUCCUGGUGAAGCGCACUGACAUCCUGGAGGACGCCGCGUGCCUCAGUCCCCUGGUGGACAUCGGGCAGAGAGGAGCCUUUGUGAUGGGGCAGGGACUCUUCACCACCGAGAAGGUUGUCUUUGAUGCCACCAGCGGCAAGAGGCUGACUGACAGUACCUACCACCUCCCCUAUGCCCUAGACAUCCCGGCAGACUUCCGCGUGACUCUCCUUCAGGAUGCUCCCAACCCUGUCGGCGUGCAGUCCUCCAAGGUGACGUCUGAGCCGCCGCUGUGCCUGUCCUACUCAGUUCUAGCAGCGCUGCGUCAGGCCGUGACCAGCGCCAGGCAGGACGCAGGCACCACCGGCUGGUUCCAGAUGGACACUCCGAUGACCACUGAGAGCCUGCAGCAGCUGUGUCUUGUGGAUGCUGCUCGCCUCACCCUUGCCUAACACCCUCCUCCACCCCUGCAUGCAUCGGAGGCUGUGAGAAAGGAAGAGCUGUGCAGGAGAUGGGUUAUGCAUGCAAGAGUGGGAGAUGCAGACUGGAUUGGGAAAUGGUAAAACAAAAAAAAGGAAGAACUGCACAUGAAAUGGGUUAUGUAUGUAACAGUGGGAGUGCAAACUGGAUUAGGAAAUGGUAAAACAGGAGAAGGUUUUGCAUGUGAGAGAGGAAAGUGCAGACUGGAAUAGGAAAUAGUAGAACAGAGAAAGAAAGAGCUGUGCAUGAGACGGGUUAUGCAUGUGAGAAUUGGAAAUACAGACUGGAUUAGGAAAUGGUGAAACAGGAGAAGGUUAUCCAUGUGAGAGAGGAAAGUGCAGACUGGAUUAAAAAAUGUUAAAGCAGAGUUCAUUGAGGUGACUUGGAAAUGUCAUGAGAGUACAGAAGGAGGAUUUUGUGAAGGGCUUUUGAGUCUGAGAUAGAAGGGCAGAAGCUAUUGGGACAGCUCAGGAUGUUCUUAGUACAUUUAAAGGUUUAUUUGAGUGCAGUGUGAAGGGGAUGAGAAGGACAGGAAUGGAACAAUACAAAAAGGAGAGAGGCUGCUAUGAAAAUUCAGGAUGUUCUCGGUAAAUUUUGAGGUUUAGUUAAUUAAUUGCAAUGUUAAGGGGAUGAGGACAGGACAGGGACAGUGCAAAUCUUAGGGAAGGGAGACCAUCAGUAAGGUAGUGAUGGGGUUGAGGAAUACAUGAAGGGGCGAGAAUGUUGAAGAAAGGGAAUCUAUUAGCAAAGAGAACUGGAGACACUUCUGCCACAGCCAUCCCUUUGAGCAGAGUUCCCAGCACCAAGGCAAUAGAUAGAACACUUAGGACAGUAAUUUCCUAUCAAUAUUCAGUCUCCUUAUUUUUACAGUAAAGGAAACAGCUCAAGGGUAAACAUAAAGCCCAUACCCAUAGUUAGUUUAUCAGUUUAUUUUUCCCCUUUGAGCAGAGUUUCCAGCACCAAGGCAAUAGUUAAGUAGAUGAUAUAACACAAAUCCAAGGCCAUGUAUUCCCUAUCAAUAUUCAGUCUUCCAAAGCAGUGUUAGCAAGUUAUUCCAUUCAUCCCUUUGAGCAGAGUUCCCACCACCAAGGCAAUAGUUAAGUAGGUGAUAGAACAGUAAUUCGAGGUCAUGUUUUCCCUAUCAAUAUUUCGUCUUCCACGAGAGCUGGCGGAGAUUUUCCUUCAGGGGUGGACUCGCGGGCUUGGCAUCAUUGCUUGAGUGACGGUAACAACUAGGUCAAUACAACUAGGUGUCUGCGCCGCUCAUUGGCUGUUGUUUACUAGUUCUAAGCUGCACCAAUUUCGUUUGCCAUGACACAGCCUACUAUCUCUCGAGCUCUGUUACCUCUUAAAAUCAACACUAUUGGUAUAUAAAUGUAGUUAUUCUUAUAAUCGUUCUUCCUUAUGGCUAUUUAAUAGUUUAUUACCCACAAGUAAUAGAAACAUAUUUCAGGAUUAAUGAUAGGACGGACGAUGAAAGAAAAAAGAAGGUUCUUGCCUUAGGAGGCCAAUGUUUAUGUUAUGGCUGCAUAGCAUCAAUACACAUUAUGACUAAGCCAAGCUUAAAAAUAUACCAAGAAAUCUUACAAUAAAUGAGUUAUUUAAUUAAUGUCAUUGUGUAGACUGUAGCCUAGCACCUUGUAGUUGUAAAAAGUAUUAAAAAAGUCUAUCCUCAACAGUCGCUUCAGCAGCUGGACAUUGUACUUUAAUAGCAUUUUCCAUUUAGCGUAACCCGUUUCUGGGUCGUGAUCUGUAGAGUCCCUCAUAGAGUCCCGACAACCUAAGAUUUGGACGCCAUCAUUGGCCCUGUGUUUUCCCCGCGCUUUUCAAACACUAGCACACGGUCUCGCGGCGAAGACAGGGCCAAUAAUGGCGUCCAAAUCUUAGGCUGUCGGAACUCUAUCUAUCAAGGGACUCUACAGAUCAUGACCCAGAAACGGGUUACGCUAAAUGGAAAAGGCUAUUACACACAGCUCCAACUUAAUUUUGUUAUGAAUGUCGUUUCAGAUUUAUUUAUAAUAGUUCAAACGGCACACACUUAUGAAUAAAGAUAUUAUUGCAUUAGUUUUUAGCGGUACAAUCUGUCACCUUACUGCUCAAAAAGGGUUUUGGUAGGAAUUCAAAGACAAUUUUAUGCGCGUUGGAACAAGUUAAGAAUUGGCCAAUGAGCGCGCAGUACCGUCACCCAAGCAAUGAUGCCAAGUCCGCGAGUCCACCCUUUGAAGGCUUAGGCCCGCCAGGUCUGGUGGAACUGACUAUAGUAAGUUAUUCCAUUCAUCCCUUUGAGCAGAGUUCCAAGCACCAAGGCAAUAGUUAAGUAGAUGAUAGAACAUUAAUCCAAGGCCAUGUAUUCCCUAUCAAUAUCCAGUCUUCCAUAGCAGUGUUAGCAAGUUAGUUUAUUUUUCUGCAUAUUAUCUACACAGCAUUUUCUCCGAUUUAUAUAGCAUGUACUUCUUUUAAAUUAACUGCAUUGUCAAUUAUAUGGGAUAGAUUGAGCCGCUAGUGGUGGAGGGCCAUAUCAAUGUCCAAGGAAGGGUUUGUGAAGGUGAAAACAGCCCCAAAAUAUUACAUACUUUUAAGGCUCUGAUUAAUUUAUGUGUAACGUGUCUUUGGUUGCUUAAUUGACCUUUCCAAAGUACUCUGAACUCUCCUACCUAAAAAUAUAGUAUGAGAUGAAUUCAAGUGUAAUAUAUCUUUGAUCUUUGGUUGCUUAACUGAUCUUUGCAAAGUACUCUUGAGCCCUCCCACCUAAAAAAAAAAAAAAAAAAAAAAAAAAUAA